AACAUCAUUUUGAAAUCGUUUCAGAUACGGAAAUGUAAAUGAAUAUUGAAUGAAUAAAAAAGCAAUACUACAAACAAAGCAAAAAUAAUCUUACAAAAGAACAUGGGUACAAGCUGGUAAUUGAUUAACAGCAAUAUGUGAAGAGUAUUCUGUAAUAAAUGUGUCAACAUUAAAAAUAUGUUUUUGGAAUGGAAAGGGCCAAUUACAACAAGAACAAAAGCUGCAUAUUGAAAAGAAACUAUAUUGGUCAUGAUGCGUUAUUCGGAAAUAUCGAGAGAAUUAUCAAAUGAUAAUUUACGUUAUGUUGAAUUUGGCAGUGGCAGUGGUGGUAGUCAACAAGAUGAUUGUCCCUUGAAUGUUACCAGGGAAACUUCACCCAUGAGUGAUAUUUCAACGGGUAGUGGUCCUUUGGUAAAUCAAUCGCCGGCCUCAUCGUGUAGACGUCACCAUCAUCAACGCUUGCGUUCUAAACAGCGUUACGAUGAUGACCAUUACGAUAAUAUAUCGUUGGGUAAUAAAAAUAAUUUCAGUGGAUUUUAUGCGGGUCUACGUAGUUCGAAACGUUUCUCUAGCGGCGGCAGCAAUGGCAGUGUUAAUGGCACCGCUAAUGGGGCGGCAACUAUAGCAUAUGUGCGUCAGCGUAAAGACAGCGUACAAUCCACACAAAGUUUUCAAUUUGAAGCGGAAUCACCGCACAAACAAAACAUUAGUAAAUCUUUAAAUAUAAAAGGAACGAGACGUAAAAAUUCCAUUGGUUGCCUAAAUGCCUUCUCCUCUUCACCGGAUUCACCCAGUAACUACUACGGUGUGGGCUCCGGUCCACCUUCCUUAAAAUCCAAUAGCUUGCCUGGUCAUGCUUCUAGCAAGACUUCAUUAGAUUCUACUAUUUUAAGUGCUUUACGUAUACCCGCCGAUGAAUUAGCCAAUCAAUUGACCCUUUUGGACUUUCCUAUCUUUGCUGCCAUACAACCGGAUGAAUUGACCAGCUGUGCUUGGACCAAAAAAGAUAAACAUGUUAUUACACCGAAUAUUGUUGCAUUUACAAAGCGUUUUAAUCACACCAGCUUUUGGAUUGUUCAGGAGAUCCUUAGUGGCGAACAGCCAAAACAAAGGGCCGAGAUAUUGGCGCAUUUUAUAAAGUACAGCAUUUUCGGUAAAACAAAUAUUGCCAAUGAUGGUGUAGUCGGGCAAAAUGGUGCUUGCUAUGAUGCACAUUAUCAUGAUCACAGUGCAUUAAGUCAACAGCUGCAGCAGCGACAUUUACUCGAUGAUUCGGUAUUGGAACAACCGCAAUGUGGUAGCGGUACACCCAAUGGCAGUAUACACAUUAAUUUAAGCGAUAACAAUGAGGUUAUUGCAUGUCAUUUGCACGAUGUUAAUAAUCUUAAUAUACCCACAGAUGAGACAAACUCUUUGCAGGGUUGUGUCAGACGUAAAACUGUACAGAAAGAAGGACGUAAACCAGCGGUAGCCUCUUGGCAACGUUAUUGGUUACAAAUCUGGGCCAAUUCUUUAGUAUACUUUCCACCCAAAUCAUUUAAGGGCAGUGAACGUAAUGACUUUAAGCGAGAACCCUGUAAGGUGUGUCCCUUAGAGGGUUGGUUUGCUCAAGUCAUUGACAAUCCAAAACAUAAGAAUACCUUUGAAUUGUAUCAUCGUACCUUGGGUACUAUAUACAAAUUUCGUACCGAUAGUCCUCAGACCACACAAUUGUGGUGUAGUACUAUUUGUAAAUUGGCUCUACAACAGAAUCGUACACCGAAAACUUUGCCCAUUAAUUUAAUGUCUUUUGAAUAGGAUUUUUAAAUAAGAAAGGGAAAUUAUAGCCGGCCAAGUUAUAAUUAUUUGUUGUUUUUUUUCUUUUUUUCUCUUUUUAAUUAAACAUUAAACAAGUAGGCUUUUGUAGGCUAAUUAUUAUAGCAAAUAAUUUGUGUGUCUUAAUUCUGUUUGUUUUUGUUUUAUACAAAUUUUUUUAUAUAGCUUAUGCCAAAAACAAUAAAACUUACAAGAACAAUAUAAAAUAUUUCACUUUAAACUCAUUAGAAGAAAAAGAAAACAAAAACUUAAAUGCAAUUUAAAAAUACUCUUUAAAAUUUAAACAUUUGAAUUACAUUUACACUCUAGUUUACUCAAUAAAAACAAAACCAAACAACAACUAUUAAUUUCUAAGACUGACAAUAAUUAAACGAAUUCUUUAAUAUUAAAUUAAAUUUAAACAAAAGAAAACCUAAACUUAAAUAUUAUUAAAAAUAUGUAAUAACAAUAAUCAUAAUGAAUGUUGUGUAAUUUAUGGUGAAUUUUUCCUUCAAUAUUUGUACUCCAAAGUCUAAAGACUUUUGAACAUAAACUAUACGCAAGUAAAUCAACGAAUUUUUGUUUUGUAACUGGAAAAAAAUAGAAAAUAUUUAAACAAAUUCAAAUGUAUUUAAAACAAAACAACAUUUCAAUUUUAAGCAUUUCAUUAUUUAAACAGAAAACAGAAACAAAAAAA